CGACAAUUUACACCUGGAUUCGUACUCGGGCUCUUCAGCCUCUUGAGAGCUGCAAACAAUAAACUCUCUUCAAUGACAUUCACAGUCAAUAUCUACUGUAUUCAAACCUCACUUCUACACCGUCCCAACACUUGGGUUUUUGCGACUGGAAUUUGAAGCUGCAUCUUAUGAGAACGAACGAUGGACUCCAGCGGUUCUGGAGUCGCUGAGGCCACUGUGCACCCGGCGUCCAGGGCCGACUCCCCACAGGGCCGCCACAAUUUCGACUUCAGAAAAUCAGCCCUGUCAUCCCACAAUCGCAAAUACAUUGAGCUUGAUGAUUUCACGCCGUCGACGGAUCAAGUCCACAAUGACCGAGGUCAUGUAAUUCCUUCUAAAAAGAACCGCCGUUCUGUCUACAUGCCAAACACCCUAUGGACACGUUCAUUUGCCAUAGCGAUGGUCCUUGAAACGUUGGCUACAGUCGGGAUCGAAAGUUGGGUUUUUGUUAGCAUGUUAGACCAGCUUGACAAAAUUGAAAAGGGGAGUGCCACGCUGCGCAUUCGGUCAUUUCUGGGCCUUUACAUAUUUGCGCUUCUCUACGAACUUGCACUUUCAUACGACGCUUUACGACGCAAGAACUCCUUCCAGCUUUUUGGACUCUGCAUCUGCAAUUUCGGUCUUUUUACCUAUGGUAUCCUGCAAAUGGGAGAAAUCAAGAAAACCGUCAUAGAAGUGGUGGCAGACACUGCGCGCAGUAAUAAGAUUUUAGGGAUGUAUGAGAUCGAACUGAUCUUGGUUCCAGUCUUUCUGAGUCUCGGUACUGCGAUUAUGAUAUUCGUGACAUGGAAGCUUCGUGCAGAGUUCUCCUGGUCAAUCUAUAAAGACAUCAGUGCAGAUUUGCAAAUGAAUCGCCGAUAUUUUGUCUAUCAGGUCUAUAUCGCGCUCCUGAAAUUUGAUUGGUUUUUCAUAUUUGGCACACAACUUCAGAUCCUGCUUUCCAUCCAAGACUUCGAGAAUGAAGAGUUCCUGAUCAAUGCGGCCAUGGUUCCUGUUGCUAUUAUAGCCCUAUCUCUAGCAGCUCUUUUUUGUCGGCGAGAGAAAAGGAAAUCUCUCUUUGUUAUGAUGAUAUUCAUGGUUGCCAUCUUGGCGAGUAUCAUCAGAACCAUGUUUCAAAUGUACCAGUCGCAGGACAGUAGUAGUCUCGGCUCAUUCAAAACCUCCCUCACGCUAUUCGCUGCAAUUGCAACCUUCUUGAUCAUUUCAACGCUUCUCAACUCUGUUUGGUGUAUGAUGAACUUUCACAAAGGCUUGAAGGACUAUGUGAAACAACUUCGAGGCAAGAAGCCCGCUUCGAAUCCAUCGGGGCAUUGGGUUUCAGAGAUUAACUCGCGAUUUGAACUAAACUAAAGCUUUUUAAAUGAAUGAAUGUCAUCUGCAAAC